AUGUUGGUGCUGCCAAAUGGACCUCCAUGUGGUGGAGACCUGACUCAGACACAAGGGGAAUUUUUCAGCCCAAAUUUCCCCGAUGAAUAUCCAGAAGAUACAAACUGCAUAUGGAGGCUCCUGAGCCCUGAGCAGCAGGUGGUGUCGUUAACCUUCGUGUCUGUUGAUAUCGAGUUCUGCCCCGACUGUAACUGUGACGCUGUAUACGUGUAUGACGGCCCGUCUACUUCAUCUCUGUUAUUGGGAACUUUGUGUGGACAUGGAAGGAAGACCUUCAGCUCAAGCAGGAACACUCUAACUGUGGUUUUCUCCAGCGAUAACUCUAUUAACGGGACAGGAUUCAUCGCACACUGGAACUUUACAGAUUCCCCAUCCUGCAGGUAUAACUGUGGUAACAAUCUCAGUGUGUGUUCCUGCACCAGCGACUGUCAGGACAACAGAAACUGCUGUUAUGAUAAUAAUGAGUACUGUUCCACAACUGUCCCUGAAACAACACCACCAUCUUCAGUGUCUGGCACAACAGAAGAAACCACAACAACAAUAGAAAAAGAAACAACAGCAGAAGAAACAACACCAGAAUAUUGUACAGACAGAGAUGAUCUUGAAGGUGGAGUUGUGUGUGGUGAAGAUCUGACUCAGUCGAAAGGGGAAUUUUUCAGCCCCAAUUAUCCCAAUAGUUAUCCAGAGGCAGAGUGCACAUGGAGACUCCUUGGUUCUGAGCAGCAGUUGGUUAUGCUAAACUUCACAUUUGUUAAUGUGAAGUGGUGGUUGGACCUGAUCCAUGUGUAUGAUGGCCCAAGUGACGAGUAUCCACUUUUGGACAUUCUGACUGGAAAUCGUAGAAAUGCUUUCAAUUCCAGCGGCAGAUACAUGACAGUCACUUUCUCCAGCUAUGAAAGCAUGGUUUACAAAGGGUUUCAUGCGGAAUGGAAUUUCCUGGAGAACCCAUCCUGCAGGUGUAACUGUGGCUACAACCUCAGUGUGUGCUCCUGCACCAGUGACUGUCGGGACAACAGAAACUGCUGCUAUGAUUAUGAUGAUUAUUGUUCCAGUUCAACAACAACACCAGUCUACUGUUUCACUACAACUGGUGCAGAGACAACAACACCAACAGUGUCUGGCACAACAGAAGAAACCACAGCAACAACAACAGAAAAAGAAACAACACCAGAAGAAACAACACCAGAAUAUUGUACAGACAGAGAUGAUCUUGAAGGUGGAGUUGUGUGUGGUGAAGAUCUGACUCAGUCGAAAGGGGAAUUUUUCAUGCACAUGGAGACUCCUUGGUUCUGA